AUGCUACAGAAGGAUGAUUCUCCCUCUCUUACAUAUCCAUUAAUCAUGAUGAAUCACAAUAACUCACAUUUACAGUGUCCAAAGCUCUUCACAUCCAUUAUAGCUGUACAAUUCAAUACAUUUUUAUGGACUGAGUGUGACUUGAGAGGGCAUGCAAUUGACUGCGAGGACGGAGCAAGAGGUCAGCUAUUACAGAUCUUGCACAUCUACUUUCCUGGGGGGUGGAAGGGGGAUGCUACCCCAAUAACUGGAGCAGGGAUGGGGGAACCUGGGAGGCCCCCUCCAGAUGCUGCUGGACUACAAUUCCCAUCACCCCCAGCCAGCAUGGCCAAUGGUCAAGGCUGAUGGGAGGAGUUGGAGCGCAGUCAUACAUGAAUGGCCACAGGCUCCACAGUCCCACAUUACAGAAUGCAAAGGGAAAUUUGAUGGGCUGAGAGAGCAAGUGGCACAAAGCAGGAGUGGGAGACCUUUGCACAUGUUCUGCUUAUCAAUAUCCGGCUUAACAGACUAGGGUGCCCAGAACUGGACCCUGGUUCAUAUUAGUUCUCUGGAGUGGGUGUGGACUGGAAGGAUGCUGCUGAGCAAGUUAAUAUGGUUUGGUCCCUGACGCUGCCCUUCUUUUGUGACCAUCUUAUUCUGAGUCACAACCUCGAAAAAGCUCCCAAUCUCUCAAGAAAAAGCCCAAACUCUCCCACACUUGUAGCAGAGGAUUGAAGACAUUUUGAAUUUGGGCAAGAUGGAGAAUCUUGCUUACAGAAGAUGGGUUGCCUUGGAGAAGGCCAGUUCCACGAGGCAAACGUGUUGGGGUGUAUACUACCAAAUUAGCUAGUGGGUGCAGGAACAUCAAAAGAGUCCUGCUGGAUCAAACCAAAGGUCCAUCCAUUCCUGCAUCCUUUCCUUCAGUAGCCAACCAGAUACCGCUGGGAGACACCCACCUCCCCAAGCAGGGCUUGAAGGAAACAGCCUACUCUGGAUGGACCUGAGUGGCUGGGGCAACCCAGUCAGAUGGGCGGGUACAAAUAAUAAAAAUGUUGUUGUUGUUGUUGUUUACCCAGAGCCAGAUUGCCCUUGAUCCUGGAGGUAGCAAGGAGCCAUGGAUAGCUUUAUCCUCCAACAAUUUGUCUAACCUCCUUUUAGAGCCUUCUAAGUUUGGUGGGCAUCUAAACCUGAAUAGUUCAACUCUGCCCUGUGUGAAGGAGUCAACCGCCCACCCCUCAGCAUCACCAGAUGAAGUGCUGACACUUUUUUCCCUUGUCCAUCAUUCUGUAAACCUUGACCAUUCCUGUUCACCUUUCCCUCCCCAGGUAAAAAGCCUCAGACACUGUCAUCUUUCCUUGUAAGGUAGCUUUCCAGUUCUUCGAUAUAUUUUUUUUGACAUGUGACGAUCAAAACUGUACAUGGCGGCAUUUUAACUGCCUUGUGUUUCACCCACAUGCAAGGCCGCAAACCCCCUGACUUUAAUACUUGGUUCAGUUUAGUUAAAACAUUGAAGGUGGAAGAGGUUUUGUUUUGUACACGGAAAGCCAGACGCGAUGCUAUUUUCUGUUUGUACAACCUCUUUGUUUUAUAUUUGCAGGGUUGGUUUUUUAA